GCUGGAGAAGUCUCCGCCGGCCGCCUGGAUGUAAUUUAUAUGUUGUCACGACCCCUUGCGGGCUCCUAGUUGUGCAGCUCGUUCACUCACUCUCGGGGCUACUGCCACCGUUCAGCCGGCACCACUCAGGGGAGCCUGAAAGCUGGCGAGCCGACGAGGGAGGGAGUAAAGAGAAGAGAACGAGAAAGGCGCGCCCAGACUCUCCCUCUGCCCUGCUGCCCGCCCAUCCGGCUGCCACAGGUCUACCCUGAGUCCCGCUCACACUUUGGAAACUUGCUAGCCUUUUCCAGACACCCUGGAGUUUCCUCCCGCCAACCCCCCAUCGGACGCGCACCUGCCAGCUGCCACGGACCUGGCAGGCUGGGCAGCCCCCAAGCCUGAGAAGAUGGCCCAGCCCAAGACCGACUGCCGCUCACCUGUCGGUCUCGACUGCUGCAAUUGCUGCCUGGACCUGGCCAACCGGAGUGGCCUCCAGGGAGACAGCGGAGGGGAGAACAACCACCCAGGCAGCCCCACAGUGAGUAACUUUCGGCAGCUGCAGGAGAAGCUGGUCUUCGAGAACCUCAACACCGACAAGCUCGACAGCAUAAUGCGACAGGAUUCGCUAGAGCCUGUGCUGCGGGACCCCUGCUACCUGCUCAACGAGGGCAUCUGCAACCGCAAGAUCGACCAGACCAUGCUCUCCAUCCUGCUCUUCUUCCACAGUGCCUCCGGAGCCAGCGUGGUGGCCAUAGACAACAAGAUUGAGCAGGCCAUGGAUCUGGUGAAGAAUCAUCUGAUGUAUGCUGUGAGAGAGGAGGUGGAGGUCCUGAAGGAGCAGAUUCGAGAACUGGUGGAGAAGAAUUCCCAGCUCGAGCGUGAGAACACCCUCUUGAAGACCCUGGCCAGCCCAGAGCAGCUGGAGAAGUUCCAGUCCCGUCUGAGCCCUGAAGAGCCAGCUCCUGAAACACCACAAUCACCUGAGGCCCCUGAUGGUUCUGCAGUGUAAGUGGCUCUGUCCUCAGGGUGGGCAGAGCCACUAAAGUUGUUCUACCUAGUUCUUUCCAGUUUGUUUUUGGCUCCCCAAGCAUCAUCUCACGUGGAGAACUUUAUACCUAGCAUAGCUGGUGCCAAAAGAUGUCCCAAGGACAUGGCUACCUGGGUCCACUCCAGUGACAGACCCCUGACAAAGAGCAUGUCUUUGGAGGCUGAGUUGCAUGGGGCCUCGUCACCCCAAGCCAGUGAGCCUCUAAUGCCACCAUGCCCUGGGCACUCCCAGGGCCCAGGCAACUUUGCUGUGACUGGCAGAGGAGAAAGGUAGUUUGAGAUGUGAUGCCAGUUUGGUCCAGAAAGUAUAAGGGGGUCUGCUUUUCAUUUCCAUGGACAUCUUUAACAGCUUCACCUGACGACUGUCCCUAUGAGGAAGCCAUUUGUGUUUUAAGCAGAGACCACCCUCUCUCAUCCCCUGCCUCACCAAGGCAGGGCCAAAGAUGGGGAAGAUUGAGCCAAGUCAGCCUUCUGUUGGUUAAUAUGGUAUAAUGCAUGGCUUUGCACACAGUCCAGUGUGGGAUUACAGCUUUGGGAUGACCACCUACAAAGUUCUGUUUGGUUAGUAAUGGCAUAGUUUUUCUAUAUAGCCAUACUGUCGUAUAUAUACCCAUAGGGCUAGAUCUGUAUCUUACUGUAGUGAUGUAUACAUAUACACAUACACCUACAUGUUGAAGGGUUUAACCAGCUUUGGGAGUGCUGACUAGUCCUUUAUCUCAUAAAGCUAAUUCUUUGACUGUGUUCAUUUACCAGAUUGAUCCAGUUUGUCCUUUAGGUUAAGUAAGACUAAAAGUAAAGGCAAGAAGAGGGCCAGCUUCUGAAUGCGGCCAUGAUGCCUUGCUGCUGCAACCAUUGCCCCAUCUAUCCACUGAAGACAUGUGAGGUCCUAUUUUGAAUGCCAAACCCACCAUUCACUGGUGCUGACUACAUAGAAUGGGGUUGAGAGAAAAUUAGCUGGGACUUCACAUUGUUAUUCAAAAACUUUUUUUCAUGUUUGUGGAAAGCUUUCAAGUGAAGAUUGGCUUGCUGGGGUGGUUGUUUGUUUGUUUGUUUGUUUGUUUGUUUUUGUGGACAAGGGAUGAACAAGGCAGUGGCUUUGACCUGGUGGUGCCUGGGUGAUGUGCUCAGGGAACUUGUCUCUAGGAGGUUCUGUGGCAGUGAACACUUUCCACUUUCUGACACCUUAUCCUGAUGUAUGUCUCCUGGAUUUGGAUUUGAAUUCCUCAAAUGUAGCUUAAAAUUUCAAUAAACUUUGCUCUUUUUUUCUAUAAAUAAA